GAUGAGGAUAUCACUCAGGAGGAUUGUUGGGCUGUCAUCACUUCGUUUUUCAACGAGAAAGGUCUUGUCAGACAGCAACUGGACUCUUUUGACGAGUUCAUUCAAAAUACUAUGCAGGAUAUUGUCGAUGAAAAUGCACAGUUGCUAUUACAAACUACUACUCAGCAUACUGGCCAAGAGAAUGAUAUGACGGUGUGUUUAUUUUCUCAUAACAUCAUCAAAUUGCCAUUUUUGGAGCUGUCCAAUUCAUCCAGUCGUUGUACAUGA